GUAGACGCACGCUUUUACAUAAGUAAAGAUAAGGAAUAUGCCAUAACAUUGCAAGCAGUGUGUGAUGCGGAACUUCGAUUCUUAGACUGCUUUGCUGGAUUUGCUGGAUCAGUGGGAGAUCGGCGUGUUUUUCGUAAUUCAGAUCUAUGGAAGGAGGUAAAUGCAAAUAGAGCAUCUUAUUUUGAGGAUCAGGACUACAUUAUUGGAGAUAAGGCUUAUCCAUGUCUGUCAUGGUUGAUACCACCAUUUAUUAAUUUGGGCCAACUCACACAAGCUCAGAAAACAUUUAACACAGCACUUGCCAGUAUGAGGCAAGUUAUUGAGAGAUCAUUUUCAUUGCUGAAAGGCAGAUGGAGACGACUGAAAUUCUUGGACAUGAAUCGUGAUGACAUGAUACCCUUUGUCAUCUUGGCAAGCUGUGUAUUACAUAAUGUUUGUCUGGAUAAUGGAUUGGAAGAGUAUGAAGACUUCAUCAUCGAAGGACACGAUGACGACGAUGAUGAUGAUAAUGACAAUUUUGUUAGGCAGCCAAUAAAUUUCCAGAAUGAUCCAGAAGGGAUA